AUGUCUCAGCGGUCGCCUAAUGUUCCCUACAAUGGUGGAUCCCUGCUGGGCGUAGCCAUUGCUAUGGCAAUACUGCAGAUCAUUGCAGUGAUUGCUCGCUUCUAUACUCGAUACAGCCAGAGACUCGCCUACGCGCUUGAUGAUUUUCUGAUUGUUAUCGCCUUGAUUGCUAGCCUGGGACAGUCGGCUCUGUACGUGGUUUUGGUCAAAGUAGCGGGGGUAGGAUAUCAUAUGAGCUUUGUGGAGGAGACUCCAGAGAAGUUGGUUGCUCUCGAAAAGGGUCUAUACGCCAAUGAGAUUAUAGAUUUCCCUUUUGUCAUAACUCCAGCCAAGAUUUCCAUUCUGAUAUUUUACAUUCGCAUCUUUAGCACGCGAAACUUCAAAGUGGCCGCGUAUAUCAUUGGAGCGCUCGUACUCGGACACGGUAUCGGGGUCUUGCUUGCAGCUAUAUUUCAAUGCUGGCCAAUCGAUUACACAUGGAACAAGACUACAGGUGUCGAAGGCGGCUCAUGUUUCAAUCAACAAGCCUUCUACCGAUACGUUUCGCCGCCGAACAUUUUGACGGAUGUCCUCUUAUUGAUAUUACCACUGCCAUAUGUUUGGAGACUCCAUACUACCCGUGGUCACAAGCUGGCAUUGACGGGAGUUUUUCUCCUGGGAGGAUUGUAA